AUGAAGCUGUUUGGAGGUUUAAUAAUCUGGGUCUGCCUGGCCGCAGCAGGACCUAACUGGCUUUCUACGUUCGCCACCGGCUUUCAGGUCCAAGUGCGAAUUCCAAUAUGGGAUGUUUCCGGACUUAUUAAAAAAUUCACCGGCUCCGCCACGGGGCAUGUCAGUAAUCACAAAAAAAAAGAACGACCUGUUUCUGAAGACUAUUGGCCGCCGUUAUAUGGAUACUAUGAUCCGUUGGCUUACCCACCGCCACCUUAUUACCCAUACCCCCCUUAUGCGCCACCAACACAUCCACCAACACAUCCACCAACAAAUCCGCCAACAAAUCCACCAACCGAUCCUCCAACCAAUCCUCCAACCAAUCCUCCAACAAAUCCGCCAACAGUUCGACCAACAAAUACACCAACAAAUGCACCAACAAAGGCACCAACAAAGGCACCGACAAAGGCACCAACAAAGGCACCAACAAAGGCACCAACAAAGGCACCAACAAAGGCACCAACAAAGGCACCAACAAAACGACCAACAAAUUCACCAACGAAACAACCAACGAAGCCAACGACAACAACAACUGAAGCAACAACAGAAUCACCAACCGAUACAACAACAACCACAACGACGAAUGCAACUACGGACGAAACAACCGACGCAACAACGGACGCAACUACGGACGAAACAACAGACGCAACAACGGACGCAACAACGGAAACAACAACGGACGCAACUACGGACGAAACAACAGACGCAACAACAGUCGCAACAACGGAAACAACACUCACAUUAAGAGAUCAUGAUCUCUGCUUAUUGUUCCCUCACCUUCCAGAAUGUCAAAUAAUCAAAUCAGUGCAAUUAGUAAACAACAAGUUCAGUGACGUGUUGUAUCCGGAAAAGAAGCUAUCGAUUGAAACCAUGCCUCACUCAGUCACCUCUCUUUGCUUCUAUUAUCCGCGCCUGUGCAUGAAGCCCGAAGAAGCUCAGUUUGUAAGAUUGUCAGAUGAAAAUGGAAGACCUUUGCUCUUGAUAAGUCCAGUUGAAGAA